GCAGACACUUAGUUAUUGACGAGCUGCCAUUAACGACGGAUGCUUCAGAAAUGAGAUUAUUUUGUAUUUGGUUGUUUAUUGUAUGGACUAGCUGCUGCCUCGCUAGCACAUCCACAAACAAGAGGGUUUCGUGCAAAGAUGAGCAGGGCAACGAUGUCGAUUGGUGGUACAUGUACAAGUUGCCCAAACACUUUUCCAAAAACCAUGUUGUUGCAGAUGCAAGUGGAUUGCGUUAUUUUUACGUGACCAGCAAUAGCUAUGAUAGCUGGCAAAUGUCGGGUCGGCACAUUAGCGAUGCCAACUCAAUACCAGCUCAGACAUUGAAUCCCCUCUUCGCGGACGAGCGUCACAUCCUUCUGGCUGCCUACAAUGAUGAAUUUCCCAAUGGCACCGUGUCAACUACGGGCGGUCAUACCAAGGGUGUUGUGGCCAGCGAUGGCGAGACUGGCAUCUGGUUGGUCCAUUCUGUACCUAAAUUUCCGACUAUUCCGCAAUAUAGCUAUCCAACGACGGGAGAGAAUUAUGGACAGAGUUUACUUUGUGUAACUCUCGAUCCGGCUGGCGUAGAAAAAGUGGGUGAAAUUUUGGUCUAUAACGAACCACAUUUCUACUACGAAAGGAAUCCUCUGCUUCAAACGACUAGCGAGCUGUUUCCAAGUUUGGAACGCGCCCUACAACGGCAAUGGCGCACACAGUCGCCCUACGAAAAGGAACUGGAGUUGCGUUCACUUGGGGGCAAACAAUUCCGCGUUUUCGGCAAGAGCCCAAAAGCUAAUGUAGAGCUCUACGCGGAUGUUGUGGCUCCGGCCCUGAAUGUCAAUCUUUUUGUUGAGGCUUGGCGCGAUGGUGCAAACAAUUUGCCCAACCGCUGCGAGGGCAAUCAAAAGGUUUUCAACGUCGAGGAAAUCUCAAGUUCCAGUUUAUCCCUGGACUUUCGAACUACUCUGGAUCACUCUAAAUGGGCUGUUUCCCAGGAGUCGGGCAUUAAGAUACAUCGUUGGCGAAUCGGUGGCGGCGAUUGGAUUUGUAUAGGAGACAUAAAUCGGCAGGAGCAUCAACUAUCACGCGGAGGAGGCACUGUUUGUCACAAGAGCUCUCGUGUCUCUGAUUUAUAUCGCAAAUUAGUGGUAACCUCUGAAAAGUGUCCCUAAGGUGAAUUCUUUAAAUGAUUGAUUUAAAAGAAAUAAUAAAGAAAUUAAUAAGAGCAAAAAUUCAAAUCAAAUAUUAAAGUU